AUGCAAUUAGCCAAGUUCAUUCCCAAAUUCAUGUUCCAAGGAGAAGUUGCAAAAUCGUGGUACAAUGCACAAAAGGAAGUCAUUUUUUAUGGGAAAAUAAGCAUUUUUCCUUUUGCAAAAAAGGAGCCAACACUUAGGUCCUCAAAAUACAGGAAGAAAGGAGAUACGGUCACAAAGGUUUUUGAUCCAAUCAACAGGGAUGUGUCAAGGUGGAUGUUGAUUGAAAAGGUCAUUCCAACAAUUAUGGAAAAAUGGCCUCAAAUAGAUCAACACCACACAAUAUACAUUCAGCAAGAUAAUACAAAGGCUCAUAUUACUCAAGAUUAUGCAAAGUCACCAAACAGUCCAGGCAUGAAUGUUCUGGACUUGGGAUUUUUCAGAAGAAUCCAAUCACUUCAACACAAGAAAAUGGCUAAGACUCCAGACCAGUUGAUAAAGGUUGUGGAAGAUGCAUUCAGUGAGCUACAUCCUAUAAGGUUGUUGAAGGUGUGGGUAACUCUGUGCCACACCAUGAACCAAAUUCUGAAAAUUAAAAGUUCUAACAGGUUUGAACCUCCACAUGUUAACAAAGAAAAGCUGGAAAGAGAGGGCAGACUACAAGAUCCUAUAGAAGCUCCUAUGUGA